GGACUCCCAAUGCUGGCUUGUGUUUUAACUGUCGACCGCAGGCUUCAUCUCUCUCGGCACUGCUGCUGCGGCGGGAGCAGGAAAUGUUCCCCUCGCCUCCUCCGCCCUCGGGGCUGCUGGAGAUGCUCUUCCGGUACAUAGACCUCCACCAGGAUGAGUUCGUGCAGACCCUGAAGGAGUGGGUGGCCAUUGAGAGUGACUCUGUGCAGCCCAUUCCUUGUCUCAGACAGGAGCUCUUCCGGAUGAUGGCCUUGGCUGCAGACAAACUCCGGGACCUGGGAGCUGGGGUGGAUUCUGUAGACUUGGGCUCUCAACAGAUGCCUGAUGGCCAGAGUCUUCCUAUCCCUCCUAUCAUAUUGGCUGAGCUGGGAAACGAUCCUGAGAAGCCCACCGUGUGCUUCUAUGGGCACCUGGACGUUCAGCCAGCACAGAAAGAGGACGGGUGGCUCACGGACCCCUACACGCUGACAGAGGUGGACGGAAAACUGUAUGGACGAGGAGCAACAGACAACAAAGGCCCUGUCUUGGCUUGGAUCAAUGCUGUGAGCACCUUCAGAGCUCUGGGUCAGGAUCUUCCCGUCAACAUCAAGUUCAUCCUGGAAGGGAUGGAAGAAGCUGGUUCUGUUGCCCUGGAAGAACUUGUCAGAAGAGAAAAGGACCGUUUCUUCUCUGGCGUGGACCACAUUAUGAUCUCAGACAACUUGUGGAUCAGCAAGAGGAAGCCAGCACUCACCUGCGGAACCCGGGGAAACUGCUACUUCACGGUGGAGGUAAAGUGCAGAGAUCAAGACUUCCAUUCAGGGACCUUUGGUGGCAUCCUCAACGAGCCAAUGGCUGACUUGGUUGCUCUUCUAGGUAGCCUGGUGGAUUCAUCAGGCCAUAUCCUGAUUCCUGGAAUCUACGACCAAGUGGCUCCUAUUACAGAGGAGGAAAAAACAAUGUAUGAAAACAUUGAUCUGGACCUACAGGAGUACCAGAAGAGCAGCCACGUUGAGAAAUUUCUGUUUGAUACCAAGGAGGAAGUCCUGAUGCAUCUGUGGAGAUACCCAUCUCUCUCCAUCCACGGCAUUGAGGGUGCGUUUGAUGAGCCUGGAACGAAAACAGUCAUCCCCAGCCGAGUCAUAGGGAAGUUUUCAAUCCGCCUAGUCCCUCACAUGAGUCCAUCUGUGGUGGAGACACAGGUGAAGCAACAUCUCGAAGCUGUGUUCUCUAAAAGAAGUAGUUUCAACAAGAUGGCUGUUGCUAUGGUGCUAGGACUCCACCCGUGGACUGCAAACACCGCGGACACUCAGUACCGUGCAGCACAAAGAGCCAUCAGAACAGUGUUUGGAGUCGAUCCUGAUAUGAUCCAGGAUGGGUCAACCAUUCCAAUUGCUAAAAUAUUCCAGGAUAUCACACAAAAGAGUGUGAUGAUGCUCCCGCUGGGGUCCGUGAACGAUGGAGAACACUCUCAGAACGAGAAGAUGAACAGGUGGAACUACAUACAGGGGUCCAAAUUAUUCGCUGCCUUUUUCUUGGAGUUGUCAAAGCAACAUUCACGUCAAUAGGUGCCUUCCAGUGUGUUCUGACAGAUCUAUGCCAUCAGACCCUGGGU